AUGACAAAGGGCCGGUACUGUGCUGGAUGCACGCCAUCGAGAUGCUCCAGAAGCACAAGAUCGAUAUCCCCGGUCAACGUCAAGUUCUGCUUCGAAGCAAUGGAGGAAAGCGGAUCUGUUGGUUUGGAGGAGCUUCUGACGAAAAACAAGAACAAGUUCCUUGCUGGAGUAGACUUCACCUGCAUCUCGGACAGCUAUUGGCUCGGAACGACAAAACCGUGUCUCACUCACGGGCUGAGAGGAAUAUGUUCGUUCAAAGUGGAAGUGACCGGAAUACAGCAAGACUUGCAUUCUGGAGUUUUUGGCGGAGUUGUAUCUGAUUUGGGUUAUGUCUCAAUUGACAACAGUGGACAACAGAAAAUUUCAAAUUCCCAUGGAAUCUAUGACGAUGUUGCACCCAUGACAAAAGAAGAGCACCAUCUCUAUGAAACCAUCGACUUCAGCGUGAAAGAGUUCCGUGAAAGCGUGGGAGCAAAGAAGUUGCCAACGGAAGACAAGAAAACACUGCUCAUAAGACGUUGGAGAGAGCCGUGCCUUUCUAUUCAUGGUAUCGAAGGUGCCUUCUCUGGAGCUGGUGAGAAAACGGUCAUCCCAUCGAAAGUUAUCGGGAAAUUCUCCAUCAGAGUUGUUCCGCACAUGAAACCUGAAAAGUGCACGGUGUCGAUCCUGACUACAUCCGUGAAGGUUGCAGCAUUCCGAUCACGCUUACAUUCCAGGAAUGACGGGCAAAAGCGUACUGCUGCUUCCACUUCGGUGCCGCCGAUGACAUGGCGCAUUCGCAAAAUGAGAAGAUAA